UCAGGCUUGACCCGUCUCGUCCAUUAUUCUUCACAUCCGACACAUCGGCUCCGAGAUUCGGAAUCGUAAAUUUCACCUUCACCCCCGGGCGCACUAUUUUUAGAGUAGAUAGACGUUGCUUGGAACUUGGGAGAUGGAAGGCUGGCUGGAAAGUAGGCUGAAAGGCUGGAACUCGGAAGGCUGGAAGGUUGGAACGUUUAACUACUUCUUCUCCACCUUCUUCACCUUCCUCACCUUCCCCGUCCCCGUCCCCGCUCUCAGUGCCUACCGCUUCCCCACACUCCACUACUUCCCCGCACUGUCUGUCUGUCUGUCUGUCUGCCUACCAACUCCACCUCCACGUCAUGAGACCGCAACCGUAUGUACCGUAUGUUGGGGCCCGCAACAGCGAUCGCCAGGCCAGGCGGGUCUAGACCAAAAAGCAAGCAACAUCCAGCGUAAUAUUCAGCUUCCCAAGAUCCAAACCGCCAGCACACAAUACGUAGUUCGGUAUUCCAUGUCAUCUCGAAGUCUCGUAGUCUCAACACCAUUGAUUCUCAAGUCCCCAGGUAGGUGGGGCGAGGAUAUAAAAGUUCUCAGUCUCAAUCUCAAUCAACCAGAUGAAAAAUGCGAAGAACAAAAAAAAGACGAACAAACAAGAUCAAAAAGCAAAGCAAGCAGAUAGCCACACCACUCCGCACCACACAUUCAACUACUGACCACACCUUCAACUACAGGCCACCAGUUCGUCAUCCGUCAUCCGUCAUCGAGCGCAAGGAAAAUCAACAGUAUCAUAAGCAUCAGCAUCAUCAUCAACAUCGGCAAUCCGGUUACAUAUCCCCUCGUCGAGUAAUAGGGGAGAUAGGGAGUGAAGAGGGAAGGGGAAUUGGU